UCUUCCUCUCUCUCUCUCUCUCUUUCUGCAAAUCUUCACGUGCCGUCACUGAGCAGUUGCUGGUUUAUCCGUUUGUUUCUCUCCUGCAAAUCUUAUCCAUUGCCACCACCCACUCCCUCCUUUUUCUGGAUCUUCGAGGCUGUCUCUCUGCUCGUGUUUUUCUGUUACGGCCUCGUAUCUACCCAACACAAACCCAAAUCUAAUCUUAAAAUCCUCGUUCUUUUUGAAGUAAAAGAGCAGUUGUUUUGUUCGUUGGGUCAAGUGUUUGGAGGGUUUUUUUGGACUGAGCUCGGUCGAGUCAAGUUGAGAGAAUAAUGGAAAACAGCAGGAGGCAAGUGGGCAAGUCUUCUUCGCCUAACAACACCACCCACGCAAGCGACAGUUUGGAUCAUCUCUUUGGUCCCAAAGACUCGUUUACUCCUUCCUCCGGGGGCUUCGGCUCUAUUUUCCCUCCACCAUCCACGGUCCUAGGGAGGAUUAACAGCCAUUCUCGUUCUGAGACAUUUAUGGUCUCCCCCAGAAACCCGGAUACAGGAAAUCAAGCCGGCAGUUGCAAAUAUGAGAAUCCAGGAGGGAGUAAAGGUCAAAGCUUUAAGGGUGAUGGGAAUAAUGCAACUAGCAAGGCCAAGAGUGCCAUAUACCAGAAUGAAACAGCUGAGCCAUGCUAUCUGAGUUCAUCAAUCUACUAUGGUGGACAAGAGAAUUAUUCCCCGAGAACCACCGAAUCUCACUCCGCUUUCAAGAAGGACGGCGUCGAUGAUGAAUCGAACGGAAACAACUCAGACAGUGCUUCAAGAGGGAAUUGGUGGCAGGGGUCACUCUACUACUGAGGCGUGCCUCUUCUACCUUAUAUGACCUGUAUGCUGACUGCCCUAAGCUGGAACAGCAGACUCUAAUCAGAAUAUGAAGGCGUUAGAGUAAUGAGAGUAGAGAGUACAAGCAUGAUGACCAACCGGGACUUGCGGCUUGAUGGGGUCUUUUUUGUCCCAGCUAGUAAAGUUUCCCAUGUCCAUCUAAUAUGGAUGACAAUCAAUAAAUCUUAUGCAAAGUUUCAUAGUAUUGUACUGUUAAAGGAGAGACUUGUUGACUUCUCGUCGAUCUUGUAACCAGAAACUCUCACUUUGCUUUUCGAUAAAGCAUCUGAUUGUCC